UAAUUCUCCAAGCAUUUGAGAAAGAAAAACAAAAGAAAAGAAUUCUUCAAGCAAGCAAGAGGAUGUCUUCCUUUCUGAUAUCGCGUAGGCUCUCCUCUAAGCUGUUAAAACUCUCUCCUUCUUCUCUUGUUUAUUCUCAUUUCAUCUCUCAAGAAACCCAAAUCCAUGGCUUUACAUUCUGUCCUCAGUCACAUUCCUCCAUUUCCCCAUUUUCCCACCAGCAAAACCCCUUCAAUCAAAAUACCCCGUCAAAGUCGAGACUCUUUUCAGCAUUUCUAGGAGAGAGAGCCCAAAUCCCUGAUGUGAAGAACAAGGAAAUGACUCCACAAAGAGCAGGUCUUCUUUUUUGAUAUCACGAAGGCUCUCUUCUAAGCUGGUAAAAUAAUUUUAUAUAAUGUCUUCUGUUCCUUUUCAUUUCACCUCUCAAGAAACCCAAAACCAUGGCUUUAGAUUCUGUGCUCAUUACUCCAUUUCUCCAUUCUCUCAGCAGCAAAACCCCUCCAAUCAAAAUAAACAUGGUUUUACCCUGUCAAAAAUGGAAAUGUCCAGAUAUUUUUCAACAUUUAUUAGAGAGAGAACCCAAAUCCCUGAUGUGAAGAACAAGGAAAUGACUUCAACAAAACCCUUGAGUUCAAGUAUUUAUACCCAUAUAACAAAUCAAAAACCUAGAUAUUUGUCAAGCUCUUCAGAUCCUGAGAAAUCCCAAAAUGAUCCAAGCAAACUACCCAGUUUCAAGCAUCAAGAAACAGAAAAGCCUGAUGAGUCCUCAGAAGCUUUUGCGAGGUGGGUGAUGAAGAAAAUAUUUUUGCCGACCAAAAUUGUGUCUUAUGGGACUACUUCACACUGGGCUUGAUGCUUUGAUUUCUUCUAUGAUGGGAGGAAUAUCAAUACUACAAGUGUCUCUAUUAUCUGGCGCCCUUAUCAGAACAUAUCUGAUGUUUAUUCAACGUGCCAAAUUAUUAAAGUUUGAGAAAUUGUCGCGGGAAGGUCAAGUCGACAUUAUUCUUCUGAAGAAGCUUUGGCUGAUAAAUGAUUUGCUUUUCCUUCUACAGCUGAUUCUACAGCAUACGUUGGUGUUGUUGGGUAUAUUUGUUUUGUUCGCCUAGUUGUUAUGUAUGAGAAUAACUUCGCCUCAGUAUUAGUUUUAUUAUUGGUAAUUUAAUAACUUUUUUAAUUAGGAAAUUGGAGUAUGGAACCACCGGACUAAGCUGGCUAGGCAGUUUUGUCAUUGUUAAUUGACAGGACUGAGAAUGGAUGUUAAUGGAGUCUCUCUUAUCUAUGGAUAUUUUUCUCUUUUUGUUAGUAAUUGCUUUAUUUUAUUAACUAAACUUGUUGGUUACUGUUAUGUAUUGAGAGGAUUAAUUAAGUAAUUAUUGCCUGUAACUCAAUUGGGUAUUGAAGGCAGUCAACCAUUUGGUGUUGUUGCAUACUUAUUGUUAAUAAACAAAUAUGGCUAAGCUUGAUCCACGAUAAUGAUCUCUUUCUCCUUCUAUUUCUUUCUCUCAAUUAUGGUGACUAUAGUACUUACAGUAGUGUAAGUCAAGGCGCCAUUUAAUGCUUUUCCGUAAGCAUGCAAAGAGGCUGCGAGAGAAUUAGACCAGUUUGCUUCUCAUCAUGUCCCAUUAUCGGGCUAGUUUUUUCUUUUUCGGAUUUGGACUCAUGCAUGACCCAUCGGGCUGGUUUCCUUUUUUUCGGGUUUGGGAUCAUGCAUGACCCAGCUUGUCAUGUGUCUAAAGUCCUUUCGAACUCUGAACCUAAUUUACUCUUGCGGGUCUUGACUUAGAUCAAAAAAGGUGGUGUAAAGCCGGUGGUUAUCAAUUGUCCAACGGUUAUUAUAAGCGGGUAUUGAAUAAUUACAAAUGGGUGUUUAAAUUAGACGGUGUUAAUCAUUAUCGGCAACUUAAGCAAGGAAGACAAAUACCAAGGACAGCAGAAAGGUUUUUUAGAAAACAACUGCAAGAGCAGCCUCUCAAUCAGCUGUUUUUUCAAAUGUCAGGCUGGAUGAAGGCAAGGUCAGUGUCAGGAACCCAACAAAGCCUACAAUUAAUUAACAAAAUCACUUGCCUGCAAAGAAACUCCUCCUCGUAAAAACCUAGUGAUUAUCAGUACCCAUCACAAUCUCCUCCUGUGAUUUGCAGACAACAACUGUAUCAAAACAAGCAUAGUGAUUAUCAUUAAUAUAUUUAUAUAUACCUUGGAUUCACCACUCAUCCCUUUGUCUAGAAUCUUUCCUUUCAUUGCCUGUUUUAUAUAAAUACAGCAUUGAUGCAAUAGAAUUCAUUUCUGAAAUUUCUUUUUCUUUCUGCUGCCUCUUGAACUCGUCCAUUUCUCAUCAGGAAUAUUGCAUAGAAAAUUAAAACCUGUAUUUUAAAUCCUUGUACGUAGUGUGUAAUGUUCUUUGAGAACAAGAUCAUCCAGACAAGUUUUAGUGCGAGCUCUCCAACAGUCUGCAUAAGUCAUCAUGUCUCAACCUCAAAGAGUUGUGGUGGUCCAAGAUGCAUCAAGGGAUAUUAGCCCCAGCGCGAUCAUAUGGCUGCUUGAGAACUUUUCAUUUAAGGCUGGAGAUGUUCUUAUACUCUUUGGAGUUCUUCACCAGGUUAAUAAUCCUAUGGGAUACAAGGUAAAGGUGGAUUCCAGUUCGAUCUUUGGGGUGAAUCCAAAGUAUAUUGAAGAAGAAGUUGCCAAGAAGAUAAAUGAGUACUCUACCAAUGUAGAAAUUGUGAGAAUCUCUAAGCACUGCGAAGUGGAACAGAUUGAGUUUCGUAUAGAGGUACGUCCGGGACCUACUCCAAAGGUGGUUGCAUUAAAAGCUGCCAGAACAUUGAAGGCAACAUGGGUGGUUCUUGACAGGCAAAUGAAGAAAGACAAGAAAUACUUCAUGGAGAGGCUCCAAUGUGGGAUAUCAAGGAUGAAGCGUGACAACACUAUUGAAGUACUCAGACAACCAAAAUCAAGACUAAACACAAUCAAACCUCCAGAAAAAACAACUCAGACCAGAACUCAAGUCAGAUACGAUGAAAUGAUUCCAGGAAGCCCAAGGAAAAGAGUCUCUUCCCAGAAUCACUUGACAGCUCCACAGUUCAGCUCCAGCAAAGAAGUAUACGUUGAUCGCAGUGAAGAUAUCUCUCGUGGAAGCCAUAGCCAGUCGACUCCUUUUUCUAAGUCCUCAAGUGAUCAGGCCAUGACAGCUACUACUUCAACUUCAAGUCUAAUAGAUACAAAGCAUUCCUCCUUCAGUUAUCAAGAAGAAGAGUACACAUAUACUGAAAAAGAAACUGGUGAAGAGCAAUCCCCAUUUUCAAAUGCAGAGAACAAUGUUCAUCAUGGAGGUCAAAAAGAGGCAACUGCAGAAAGCCCAAAUGAACACAAACACAACAGAAAGUAUGAUGAUUGGAUGGGAGGGGGUCCAACAGAUGAACUGUUCCUAAAUUCCAUUUGUUCAAUUUGCAAGAACAGGAGACCAAGGAUUGGAUGGAAGAGAGACUUCACUUAUGCAGAGCUUCAUGCUGCUACUGAGGGAUUUUCCCCCAAGAAUUUUCUAUCUGAAGGUGGUUUUGGUACUGUUUACAGAGGAGAGCUUGGUGGGCUGAAAAUAGCUGUAAAGCAACACAAAAGUGCUAGCUUCCAAGGAGAGAAGGAAUUCAAGUCUGAAGUUAAUGUACUAAGCAAAGCUAGAAAUGAGAAUUUGGUGAUGCUUUUAGGUUCAUGUGCUGAAGGAAGCCAUAGGCUGCUUGUUUAUGAAUAUGUCUGCAAUGGUUCGUUGGAUCAACAUCUCUCAAAACAUAGCCGCAGACCGCUCAGUUGGGAAAAGAGGAUGAAAAUAGCUUUGGGAGCUGCAAAAGGCUUGCAAUAUCUGCAUGAAAACAACAUCAUCCACAGAGAUAUGAGGCCAAACAACAUCCUCAUCACCCAUGAUCAUGAAGCAUUGCUUGGAGAUUUUGGUCUUGCAAGAACUCAACAUGAUGAUUCAGACCACUCAUGGGAGACCAGAGUCGUUGGAACUCUAGGAUACUUAGCACCAGAAUAUGCAGAAUGUGGGAGAGUAUCAAACAAGACAGACGUUUAUUCGUUUGGCGUGGUGCUGUUGCAGCUAAUCACUGGACUCAAGACUACAGACAAGAUCCUUGGAGGGAAAAGUCUUGUCGGAUGGGCAAGGCCACUGUUAAAAGAAAAGAACUACCCAGAUCUAAUCGACCCUCGGAUCUUGGACUCCCACGAUGUGCAUCAACUCUUUUGGAUGGUUCGUGUGGCUGAAAAAUGUCUCAGCAAGGAUCCUCACAAGAGAUUAACUAUGGAUAAGGUGGUAUAUGCUUUAAAUCAUGUGAUGGAAAGAGACGAUUCAUGUGGAAUCAGAUGGUACUCACCAGUACACUCGAAUUCAAUAAGUAGCACUCCAGAAUCAUAUGAUUCAAUGGAUGAUGAUUCAAGUUUUACAGUCAAAACUGGAUCAACGAGCAGCACGAGUCAGAUGAGUGUAAGGCUGCCGUCAUUAUCCCCACUAAGACUUCCACCUUCCCCUCCAUUGCGAUUCAGUAGCCAUUUCUACAAAAGGAUAAGUGACAUUCAGGAUUCAUGAAUGGCCAACUUCAGGGCUCAGGCAGUGGAGAAAGUUCACAAGAUAAGAUGUAGUGCUUCAUGGUGAGAUUGUCAUUUAGAUAUGAUAUCCCCCUUUAACUUCAAAUGGAUGAUUAACGCAAAUUAAUUAUCUUGUUAUUAUUCCUGGACUUUGGAAUAGUUCAUGGUACCUAAAGUUUUAAGCUUUAUAAUUAUGCUUUCUGAAAAACUAGUUUCAAUAAUGCAUUGCCCCAAUCAAAUGUCUACCAAACAGGGCAAAAUCAUGUAUAGACCCCAUACGUACAAUCGGAAGCUUUGACAUUGUAUCAGUCAAGAUAGAACCUAUUUUAGUGAUUUGUCUUCAAA